AUGGAUCCACUCUCACAACUGCCCCUGGAAUGCCUCCAGAUCAUCCUCCAGCUCCUCGACGAUGACAACGACCUCACCUCUCUAGCAGUUCUCCUUCGCACCAACAAGUACUUCUCCUCGACCGUUCUCCCUUACCUCUACCGCGACCCCUUCCGCAAGGACUUUCAUUCAACCAGGUCACGGCAGAUGGGAAUCGCAAAGGAUCUCUCGAGCGGAAGGUUGCUUGCCCGCAUGCUGCUCAGUCGGCUCCCUCCUACCAGUCUACCUACCGCCCUCACGCUGGCACUUGCACCCUCUACAACGCCGAAGCAGAGUGGGAGGAAUACCAGGAAGAGUCUCUCGACCGCCUUCUCACUCUUUGCGCCUUUUACUACGAAAACGAGCAUAAAAAACACCGAUACUACUACUGGCACUACCACCAGUAAAAACAACAGCUACUACUCGGCACUGGACUAUCUCGCACAUAUUCGCCACCUCGACAUGCGACCAUGGUACGCUGAGGUGGAUUGUUGCCAGGCGCACAAGAUCGGUACCCCCCUCACCCACGCCCAGAAGGAGUACACUAAGAGCGACGAAUUCAACAAGUUCUACAACGCUCACCCCUUCGCGCCCACCUUCAGCAACAACUGGCGAUCCAAUUCCACGAGCGUCCAAUUUUACUACCACACCAUUCUCCACCACGAGGUCCCCUGGUCAUUGGGCUUUUUUAUCCUCGAGCAGUUACAGUCUUUAACCAUCCACCGUGUAUACAGCAUCAAGCAUUACAUCAACGUCGUCAACCGGCUCAAGAACCUGGAGAAGGUCGAUUUUUUGCUGCGCGAGAUCUAUGAGGAAGAGUUCAAUCAUGGCGGAGGGGAUGGCGACGUGACCGAGCAGCUGGAAAAGACGAUACAACAGGAUGUGGUCCAGUUUGUUCAGGACCAUGCCCGACUCUUCCCUGGUCGUCUGAAGACUGUCGUCUGCUUCGAGGGUGACAGCCACUGGUCUGAUCAGGCGUUCGUCAAGGGGCUGCAGGCGGAGAUUUACCGUGUCAUCCCUCCUCUCGUAGAACCAACUCACCUCGGACAGGACAAUUGGCCAAGGUUCUGGGCGAAUCCUGGUGCAACGAAUGUGAUGAAAGUCCAGAGGAUCAAUGGACGGGAACUGCCGGAGACAUGGGUCGAGACCAUAUUGAACGACCGGCCCUUGCUGGAGCGAUGCCGUGGUCUGAAGUAUCUCGAGAUUACGACCUCUCAAUAUGAUGUUUUCGACUGGGCCGUUCAGGAGAGACGUAACAGGGAGGAAAGUCUUGGCAGGAUCAUCACAACUGGAAAUGUUCACAACGGACAAGGAUCUUUGCUGGAACCGGGACCGUGUCAGCCAUCUGGACUGGUCCCGCUCGAGCAAGUCGAACUCAAACUCUUCCUUAGUCCGCCCAACAACAUUACAAAGUACACUACUCAGCACAACAGCGUCAUUGACAGUCUUGCCUUUGCUUUCGGCCAGACCCUCCGACAAUUCAUAGUCUCGACACCGUACGAGGAAAGCACAAUCGAUCAACUUCACCUACAUAUCGGUCGAGGCUGGGUCGACCUCCGGGCAUUGACGCAUCUGGAGCUGAAAAUGGCCGUGAAUCGAUUGAUAGUCGAUCCUCUUCUACUGACCUACUGCCCCAAGCUGACGCGCCUCCGGAUGACCGACUAUUCCAAGGAGUACAGCUGUCAGGAUGUCGUACCCUGUCAGCCCGCUGAUAUCUCUGGACUUCAAAUUCUGAGAUUGAGCGGAUGGCCCGCGCUCACCUUCAACCCUGCAACACUUUCUUCGACACCAAAGCUCACAAGUCUGGAAUUUUCGAUUGGCAGGUCGACGGAUCAGGGGAGACAAAGAGUUGGGUUUAUUCCGCCACUGGGGGAGCUCAACCGGUCCUAUGGAAUUCGAGGCGAUUCUUUCCAGGUGGAGGAGCAGGCGGGAGUAUCGAUAAUACGGCCUCAUUGGUCCUGGGAUUGGAACCUUCCCCUCAUGACGGAGCUGAUUCUGACGAGUGAGUUUGCGCUGCUAUUCGAGUUCAGGAUGCUGCAUGGGUGCCCAGCUCUGGAAGCGUUGACUCUGGAUAUUCGAUCAACAGGACGAGAUGUUCACACCAGGAUUCUCUCAGAGGCAGACUUGAUUGUGCCGGUCCUGCAAAGCACGACGACACCAAGCGGCGUGUCGUCUUCUCCACCACCUUCGCCAAUACCAUCGCCUACGCUGGACAAGGCCUCAGAGCAAAUUGUUCUCCACAAACUCAAAAGGUUGAACCUGCACGGGAAAUGGAUGAUGCUCGACACCCAGUGCCUCUCCCACUUCCUCCAGAUCCUCUUUCCAAACCUCCAGCACCUCCAAAUGGAAGGAUGGUCAUUCCAGACCCUCAAGACCUUCCUCCUCACAAUCAAGGAAAACACGCUCGCGAGACGACCGACAUUGUCACGCGCAGUAAGGUGCCUUCGGAUCGAUAUCUCGGCGAUGAGUGCGAAACAACAGGGCGAGGUCAAGAUGAAGUAUACGAAUACUUCUAGGCAUGAGGAUGAAGAUGAGACGUGGGAGGAGGAACAGGAAGAGUUCUUUAAACCGUAUGCGGCCAAAGUUAUGCAAUGCUGGAGUUAUAACACGAAUGAGUAUAUUUUCGUGGGUCACGAUUCUGGACGCUGGGGGAGGUGUAAGGAUACUUUUGAGCGGAGGUGA